AUGUCAAGAACAAAGUCGAAAGACGGACAAGAGCAAUACGGUCGACCCCUCCCUAAACUAUUUCUACUCACUGUAACACCUAUCGCUUUCACUCUCAUCAUCCGACCAUUCCUUCCUAUCCUACUUCAUUCCUCUCUCCUGACUUACCUUCCUUUACCCGGUAAAGUCCUCGACAAAUUGCGAUCCGUGGUUCAGCCAUCUUUCCCCGCAUUACAAGCCAAUGUGGGAUUCUCUCUAUUGGCGUUCGUAGGCUCUGUGGUACUUGUUCCUCAAGUGGGGAAAGCUUUUGUGGAGAAAGGAUUGAAAGGGAGAGAUUUGUGUAAACCUGGAGGACGUAUCAGUGGACCGUACAUUCCUGAAUGCCUCGGUUUACCAUGUGCAAGCCUUUACAUAUUACUCAUGAUGUUAUUCAUUCCAUUCCCAUUUUCACAUCUUUUCACUCCUUCUUCUGAUUCUGGUGUAGCUUUCUCUCAACAAGAGCUCACACUUUACCUCUCCUCCCUCCUUUCCCUACUCACUGCUACACUGUUGGGGUUCAUCGACGAUCUCUUCGAUAUUCGAUGGCGACAUAAAUUACCCAUACCUCUUGUAGCCUCUGUCCCUACGCUUUUGGUGUAUUACUCUGAAGGGGGAUGGACAUCUGUUGUCUUGCCUUCUACAAUAGGCAACUGGCUCAGAUCCAUCGGCUUACCAGGAUGGAUAGGAUCGAAGGUUGUUGAUUUAGGACCUCUGUAUUACAUCUACCUCCUCCUACUACCCACUUUUACGACAAACUCCAUCAAUAUCGUCGCUGGUAUUAACGGUGUCGAAGUCACUCAAGCUCUAAUCAUCUCUCUAUCUGUCUUGCUGAACGAUCUUCUCUUCAUCCCAAUCUGGCCAGAGAGGUUCUUGGCCGUAGUGGGAGGAGGCAAUCCAUCCGAGGGUAGACUGCUAGGUUGGGCUGCCGGGGAAGUGGUACAACGUCAUCUUAUGAGUGCUUAUUUUAUGGCCCCCAUGGUCGGUGUUUGUGCUGGAUUUUUGUGGCAUAACUGGUACCCAGCCAAAGCCUUUCCAGGAGACACAUUCUGUUAUUUCACAGGAAUGGCCUUUUCAGUCGUAGCGAUCCACGGACAUUUUUCCAAGACGCUCAUAUUAUUCUUCAUACCUCAGAUUUUCAACUUUAUACUUUCUUGUCCUCAACUUUUUCAUCUCGUUCCUUGUCCUCGACACCGAUUACCUAGAUACGACGCAACGACAGAUCUUUUGUUUCCUAGUUUGACAGAAUUCGAACGACCUCCAGAAAUAAAAACCAGGGUAGUUUUACGGAUCAUGGAAAUUCUACGAUUAGUAAAGCUCGAAAGGGCCUCUUCAACUAUGAGGGUUAUAUUGUCAAGUACUAAUUUGACUAUCCUCAAUUUACUUUUGGUACAUUUCGGACCGAUGAGAGAACAAAGUCUUUGUUUGGGAUUGGGGUUCAUACAGGUAUUUUGUUCAGGAGUGGCUUUUGGGAUACGGUAUGGACUUGGAUCGAUGGUGUAUGGUGGAGAAAGACGGUAG